AAACCUGGGAAAGGAACAGGAACCGCUUGAACCGAUCGUGUUCCAAUUGAAUACGCAUGUACCACGGGGUAGAAAAAGGAGCGAGGAGAUUCGCGCCAACUUCGCGUUCACAUCGUAACGCAGUAAAGAGUGGACUAAUGGACGCUUUUGCAACAAAAACACACACAUUCCCGAUCGUGUCUCCGGGUUUCAUUUACAGCGUUGUUUAUGCUCUCUAUAACGCACCGGACCAGUGCCAAAGAUGAGAUAUAUUAGUAGUCACAGCAGUAACUCCUAGUCAUGGGUGUGUCGUUCUCAUCCACGCAAACAGAGCCGGGCGCAAGAGGAGUCCGCUGCGGCCUCGGCAGUGCGCAAACACAUUAAUAUCUAGUUUACUUUCUUGCAACAGUUUUCAAAGCUUCCGUUUUGUGAUUCAUCGUUUUCGACCGACAAAUGGCGAUCGAUAGUGUAGUUAAGCAAAUGCAAAAAAGGAAUUUUAGCAUUUUACCGAUCGGAGCAUCCGCUGACGCAUGUAUACUAGAAGCUUGGCGCUCAUAGGCAACCGCCAAGACUUCUACCAUACAAAUAGGGAAACGAAGCAAGAAUCGGCGGGUAGCACGGUCGUGUCUUGAGGCAUUUAGAACUGAUUAGAACCGAAUGAAUUGAGACGCAGCAGCAUUAGUAAGCAUACCUAGUAAGCAUGGUGGCUCACAGUUUUUUACUACAGUCCGCUGUUGGAGAACAGCAACGAUCAUCUAUCAACUACGUUUCUAUCGAAUUCUAAUGAACAAUAGCAAUACAGUCUUGUAGGCGUGUUACGGAUGUACAAAGAUGCAACACGGCAAAUAUUCCCAUUAAAGGACCUAUUCCCAUUAAGGGCUACAGGACUCUCAUAACUUCCUCUCCACAUCAUAAUAUAUAGAUAACCGUACAUAUUACAUCCUGCAAUACUCACCCUCCGGCACCUCCUGUGAUGACCGGUAGAUCAACGGCGGGUUUUAGCACAAUGAUGGCAAUGCUGUGGCUACGUGAUUUUGGUUAGAGUUGAACUGUAAAUAUGGGCAGAGGGACGUGCUAGUGAAAAAGAAUCGAGCCCGCCACUAGCGAACACAUUUCGGAGGAUCCCAAACUAAAGGAUCCGGUGUGCGGUCAAUCGAAGGUGGGCAAAAUUAAACCCAUAACCAUGCAAUCAACAAAAUGUCGCGAAUCGUCCCAAAAAGGAUGACACCAUCGAGCAGGGGCGAAUGCUUGAGAGUCCUAGAAGGGCCGGAAGGGUUUGGAGUAGAGAAAACAAAACGAACGCGAUAUAUACCUACAUUUAACGCAAAUUCUGCAUUGCAAGUAAACCUAAAAAAGUAACUAGAAAGCAUAUAUAUUUUUUUAUAAAUUCUUCAAAACGAGCAUCUUGAAAUUAAUCUCAAACUUAAUCGCGUGAGAAGCUGGGGAAAGGUUAUAGACGAAAUGAGUGGUUUGUGUUACUCGGGCUCGGGAUUUGAUGUAUUCACCGAGACGGCACCAAAGAGUCAAAUUGUAGAAACAACACACCGAGCGCUACGUUUCUCCUUCGCAUUCAAAGAUACGACGCCCCCACAAACUCUCAAAGAUCCCCGCGCCCCCAGGAACUCUUAGAACAAAUUGAUACACAAUCUCUCGAACAGCAACAUCCGAUUAAGUGAAAAUUGAAAAUAAAUGAAAGGAAAUCAUA